CUCAGUGAGCGCUUCAGACUCGGAUACCGGCUCUCUCUCUCUCUCUCUCUCUCUCUCUCUCUCUCUCUCUCUCUCUCUCUCUCCCUCUCCCUCUCCUUGUGCAUAUUCACCACACAUAUUUUUCCGAACAACACUUCAACAAAAUCCUCCCUGCGAAGAAGCCAACCUUUUUUUCCGUCCUCUUCGUGGUUCAGCAUCUUCAUGGAAUCUUCGAUCUCGCGCUGAGCAUCUUGGAUUUAAUGAGCAGCCUCCGCCGUGGAAUGAGACAAGCGAUUACAGUGUUCUCUUUGUCACAUCUCUGGUAGGCGUUGGGCGAGGUGGAGAGAGGGAGCAAAAGGGGUGGAAUGCACGGAGGGCAUGUGGCUUGAAGCGCGAAGGUCCCCACCUCUCCACGCCGGCCUCUUCACAGCCUGCCGCUCUGUCCUUGUGUCGGCGACCAGUGGGACAGCACUUACUGCUUGUAACUAACAAGAUGGCGGCCAGGGGUGCGAACGGGCGCAGCUACCACGUGGCGUGCUGGCAGCAGAUUCUGAUCCUGAUGUUGGGCACCGUGCUGUCUGGCUCCACCACGGGCUGUCCGUCCCGCUGCGAGUGCAACGUCCAAGAGCGCGCCGUCUUGUGCCACCGCAAGAAGCUCAUGUCGGUUCCGGAGGGAAUCCCCGCCGAGACGCGGCUGCUGGACCUCAGCAAGAACCGCAUCCGCACCAUCAACCCGGACGAGUUCUCCGGCUUCCCCAGCCUGGAGCACCUGGAGCUCAACGAGAACACCAUCUCCACCAUCGAGCCGGGGGCGUUUAACAACCUGUACGGCCUGCGGACACUGGGCCUGCGCAGCAACAAGCUGAAGCUGAUCCAGCUCGGGGUGUUCACGGGCCUGAGCAACCUCACCGCACUGGACAUCAGCGAGAACAAGAUCGUCAUCCUGCUGGACUACAUGUUCCAGGACCUGUACAGCCUGCGCUCCUUGGAGGUGGGCGACAACGACCUGGUGUUCAUCUCGCACCGGGCGUUCCACGGCCUCAGCAGCCUGGAGCACCUGAGCCUGGAGAAGUGCAACCUGUCGUCGGUGCCCACGGAGGCCUUCACCCACCUGCACAGCCUGGUGACGUUCAGGCUGCGCCACCUCAACAUCAACGUCAUACGGGAUUACUCCUUCAAGCGGCUGUACCGGCUCAAGGUGCUGGAGAUGGCCAACUGGCCCUACUUGGAUACUAUGACGCCGAACUGCUUGUACGGAUUAAACCUCACCUCGCUCACCAUCGGGAAUGCAAACCUCACGACCGUCCCCUACGUGGCCCUGCGCCACUUGGUCUACCUGCGCUUCCUCAACCUGUCGUACAACCCCAUCCACACCAUCGAGGGGAAUAAGCUCCACGAUCUCCUCCGCCUGCAGGAGUUCCACCUGGUCGGAGGCAGGCUGGCGAUGAUCGAGCCCUACUCCUUCCGCGGCCUCAACUACCUGAAGAUCCUCAACGUGUCCGGGAACUCCCUCAGCACGCUGGAGGAGUCCGCGUUCCACUCGGUGGGGAACCUGGAGACCCUGGCGCUCUACGACAACCCGCUGGCCUGCGACUGCCGCCUGCUGUGGGUGUUCCGGAGGCGGUGGAGGCUGAACUUCAACAAGCAGCAGCCCACCUGCGCCUCCCCGGAGUUCGUCCAGGGCAAGGAGUUCAAGGACUUCCCCGACGUGCUGAAGCCCAACUACUUCACGUGCCGCAGGUCCCGGAUCAGGGACCGCAAAGCCCAGCAGAAGUUCGUGGACGAGGGGGCCAUCGUCCACUUCACCUGCCAGGCGGACGGGGACCCCGCGCCCCUGAUCAUGUGGCUCUCCCCGCAGAAGAAGUACAUCACCACCAAGACCAUCGGGAGGCUCUCCGUGCUGCCAGACGGCACGCUGGAGGUUCGCUACGCCCAGGUCCAGGACAACGGCACCUACGUGUGCGUGGCCAGCAACGCGGGCGGGAACGACACGUCCCCGGCCCACCUCCACAUACACAGCUAUUCGCCCGACUGGCCCCACCAGCCCAACAAGACCCUCGCCUUCAUGUUCAACCAGCCCACGGAAAACAGCACCAACGGCACGCGGGCCAACGCCCCGUUCCCCUUCGACAUCAAGACUCUGAUCAUCGCGACCACGAUGGGCUUCAUAUCGUUCCUCGGCGUGGUGCUCUUCUGCCUGGUGCUGCUCUUCCUGUGGAGUCGAGGCAAGGGGAACACCAAGCACAACAUUGAGAUCGAGUACGUACCCCGUAAGUCAGACGCUGGGAUUAGCAGCAGCAACACUGCGGACGCUCCCCGUAAAUUUAACAUGAAAAUGAUCUAAGGAAAGGCAGGCGUGGACGAGCCAAUGAACUGUUGAACAUUAUGAAAAAAGAUUAACAACGGAAAGACUAUUGCUAAGACUUUUUGGUUGCCUCUCCUAUGAACCUGUGGAACCUGGUCUGUUAACAUAAAGGAGUCUGGUUUUUUUCUGACUAAAACACAUCAAUGGAGGACCUUUCUUGGCUUUUAAGUGAAGGUGAAUCUGGCGUGGAGGAUGGUAGUGGGUUUUUUGGAUUUCUAGGCCUGGCUUGAAGGUCAUUUUUGUGGUAAGCAGAUAAUAUCUGGGGAUUCAUUGCAUAUACAGUAUAUAUAUAUAUAUAUGUGUAUAUAUAUAUAUAUAUAUAUAUAUAUAAUGAUAGAAGGAAAUAAAAUAGAAUGCAGAUGAUCUAUAGGCCAUUGGUGUGCUUCUGUUUGUAUUUUAAUUAGCAUUCUUUUAUCUAAAAUAAUAGGCAAUGGUUGCAUAAAGUGAAAGGAAGAAAUAUUAAGGUUGGUGAGCACAUUGCAAUAUUAUUGUUCAUACCUUUACAUAAUGUAAUACUUGCUGCAACUUCAUACAAUCAGUAGAUAAAAAAAUGAUUUCAUUUUAAUUGCCGUCUACGUGAGUGUUGGUCUGAUUUUAUUUUUGUAUUCUGAUUGCAUUUCACAAAUAUUAACAAUUGAGGAAAUCAAAAAAGUGCUCUGCAGAGUAUUUACCUUCGCCUCAAUGAGACUUUUUUUACUGCUGCCCUGAAUUUUAACAUGCGUUGGCCAAUACUAGUUAUUAGAAUAUAGCAAGAUUCUCUUCUUUCUUAAGUCAUCAAUCUUUUUGUCUACAUUUUCAUAAUGGUUCCAUUGACAAUAAUUUAAUACCCGAUUUGAUGCUUCAAAACACUUAAGCAAUGCAUGAAUGUUCUUCCACAUGUAAACGGAGGAAUGAACCAAUUCUGUAAUUGUUUUACGUAUACUGUAAAAGUACACUACUAACACAUGGAUGCCAAACCACUAGCACUUACUCCACUAACACAAAAACAUAAUAUACUAAUCUAAAUGAAUGGCUUAUUUUACAGCCUGGCAAAUUCUUUGGUGAUGUGUUAGUAUAUUAUGUAUGUAAGGAAUGAAUGCUAUGUACAACAAUAUGAGUUCAUGGCUCGGUCAACAUGACAGAAUUACCUAAUGCCUCAUCUGUGUUUUGAAGACUGUCAUGACAAAAUAAAGUAUAAAGUAUGACCCAUGUUUAUCGGUCAGCCAAUAACAUAACAUUUCAAUUCAAUAUUCGAUUAUCCCUUUUGGCGCCCCAAACCAAUCAUUUAAUUGACAAUAGGAACAGUUGAUGGAGUGUGAUGUGAAGAGCAGCUGCUGUACCCACACACCUAUCGUGUGGAACCUCGAGUAGCACUCACACAUAAUACAAAAAAACUUAGGCAAAGCACUUUCAUCUAGCAUCCGCUUAAACAUUGGACCAUUUAAACCUGCAUGUUAGCAAACCUUAUGUAAUGGUAUUACAAACACAACUUGCGAUGUGCUCAGCAACUUGCAGUAUUUCUUUCAUUGGUGGUCAUAGCUGUAAUAUUGUUUUGGGUUUGAAUCAAUAAAUUCAUUACACCUCCCCCGUUACAUACCCCUGAUCAAACCCGUGGAAAUUCACUUUGAAGACGAGCUACAGGUUUGGCACACAGCACUUACCCCCAUGGUGUUUUUUUGUGGAGAUACAACAUACAACAAACAACUGCAGAAUUUCCUGCGAACCAACAGUCCUUGCAUAUAAAAAAAAUCACAAGAUUUACCUUUUUUUAAAAAGCGCACACAUUGUGGACGGCUGGGCUUUGUGUCCAUGUGUGCGAGGAGACGACCGUAGUCAUUCAGGAGGGAUGACAUUACAGACCGAAACGUCACCAAUAAUGAUCUGCGAUUCCCCGGAAGUAUGGACUUUGUGAUACAUGCUGAAGGAUGAAGUGACACAGAUGGUUUCAGCCAUCGUGAAGCGCUCUCGUACAGCCCUGGGGUAAUCUGUUUUGCAGAAAGGACCGGAAAAAAAAAAAAGAGGGAAUGAAGAAAUGAAAAAAAAUACAGUGAUUAUGGCUUAUGGUUCUCCCUUUUGCUGAUUACGGAUGCUCCCUUUGUUCCUACUGUGGCUACUGUACCCAGCCCCUCACUGUCCAGGAACAUACUGGGGAUUGAUUUUUUUGUUGUUUUUUGUUUUUUUCCGUCUUUUCCCCUGUUGCUUUUUUUUAUUUCUCGUUUUUCCUUUGACCCUUGACUAUGUGAACUAUGUAGUCAAAGCCAACUUUUUACAAAAAGAUAUAUAUAUAAAAAAAUAAUUCUAUGGAAAAAAAAUACCUUCAAAUUGUUCUGUGCAAUAAAGUAAUAUGCAGAUUUUCUUUUUUUUAAUUAACAAAAUUUUGUUGAUGUUGACUUGUUGACAAUAUGGUAUGUUGUAUUAAACAAUCUAUGGAGUUUUUUUUAAAA